CACUAGCCUGUUGCACCGUCUGUGUGCAUGACACUGCAGUUGCACUAAGUUACCCGUUCUAGUCUCACCGGACACCGCCGCCGUCGGUACACAUUCGCAAAGCGUCCCGCCGCGGACCGAUAACCGAGAAAAAUUUGAAUAAUAUAUACAUAUAUACGUAUAUAGUAUAUCUAAAUAAUUAAAAAAAAAAAUACCAAACAAUUUAAAAUUUUUUUUUUUAAAAACAAUACCAAUAUACGUUGUAAUAUUUUUUCUCUAAAUUAAAGAACGAGGCAAUUUAAUAUCACAUAUAUAUAUAUUUUACUAUCCGUUUUUCGUCACGCUCCGGGCUGAUUUUUGUUUCGUUUUGCUCAAUAUUUUUCGAUAUAAAGUCCUCUCUCUCUCUCUCCGUGAGUUUAUCAAAAAAACAAAACUUAAAUACACAAUUAAUUUUCUAAUUAUAUAUUUUUUUUUGGAACGCCCGCGCUUAUCAAUCGGUCGCGAUCAUUGGGUAUCGCCGCGUUGCCGUCGCGUCCGAUCGUUUGUCGGGCGGCCGUUUGUAUUGUCCGCGCGGUGCGGCGAAGACGACGCGUGGCCAUUGUUCGCGUACGGACAGCGCCGGGCGUACUGAGUGUCGGUAGCGCGCGCGGUCCGCCGCACGUCGAGUGGGGACCCGCCGCCUCUGUGGGAUAUUAUCACGUGCUCGCCGGCCGGACCGCCGCGGCACGUCUGUCGGUUAGACCGCGGCGCGCGUACGGCCGUUGACGCACCCGAGUUGAUCGUUCGCACCGGACGCCAUCCGGUGUCAUCCGGCGGUGUUGAUAACGUCCGUCCGGCCGUCGUACGACAUGCCGAAAAUCGAGAAGUCCGGCCGGGUGCUGUACGAGCUACCGCCGAAGCAGCAGCAGCACGGCGGAGGCGGCGACAAGCACGACUCAGUCGUGUCUGCGGUGACCGUGUCGCUGUCGGCCGGCAGCGGCGGCCGCAAGGAGAAGAAGCGGCUGUGCACCAACUGCAAGAACCACGGGCUAGCGAAGAUCUGGAAGAAGCACAAGCGGUACUGCAUGUACCGCGACUGUCAGUGCGCCAAGUGCCAGAAGACGGCGGCCACGCGCAAGAAUUGCGCGCUGCAGACGGCCAAACGCCGGGCUAAGCAGGAGGACGAACAGCGCGAACACGAGCUACAGAUGAACCCCGGCAGCUUUCUGGACGAACGGCCCGUGCCGCAUCCCAUCCCGCAGCCGCACGCGUCCGAGUCGGCCGCGUCGUCCACGUUUCGUUCCGUCGGCCAGCUCAGCGUGUCUUCCGUGGCCGCCGUGUCGUCCACCAAAGCUUCGUCGUCCAGGACGUCCGACUACGAUGACAGCUCGUCGAUAGACAUCGGCGGCGGUGGCGGUAGCACAGGAGGAGGGGGAGGAAUCGGCGGCGGCGGCAGAGUCAUUUCCCACGCGGACCCCAUCAGCCACUACGUAGACAUCGACGCAGAUUCCAGACCCGACAUGGCGAUGAGCGACCCCAUAGAAGACAUCGGUUCCGUGUUGAAAGAACUGAUCAACCGUACUAAAGAGUUUCAAAACUUGGAUGCAUUCCGUCUGUUCAUACUACAGCACAACACGUUCGACGUGGACAAGGCCACUAAGUUAAUCAAACGAGGUGAACGUAAACAGUUGAAAAUUAGAUUUAAAUUAAUUUUACAAUUUUUAACGCAACGCAUAGUUAUUUUGUCUCGUCUAUGACAUUUUAAUUUUAAUUUUUUGUUCAAAAACAAGCCUUAGAGUAUUUUUAAUAAAUAUAUUUUUUAAUUUCUUUAUUAUUUUAAUUUUUUUUUUAUUCUUUAUUAUUUUUACUUAUUAUUAUUAUUUUUUAAUUUUUAAUUAAUUAAUUUAUUCAUUUAUUUUAACUAUUUUCGUCUAUUUUUUUAUCAUAAAAGUUUUUAAAAAAACCAUAAGGUCGUUAAGCUGAAUCAAAGUAUUUCCAAAAAUAUAUAAUUUUUUACACUAGUACAAAUUUCAUGUACAAUCGUGGGAUUUACUAGGCACAUUUCAAGUGUGUCCUAAUGGCAUCAUUCGAACCGGAAACGUAUUUAUUCGUUUCAGUCUCAACAGAAAUGCAUUGAUGAAAUAUUAACAGUUGUCAAAAGUGUGUCUUAUUUUUCAAGCAGUACGCGAACCAAGAUGUCUUAAUUAAUAUUGACUUAAUUGUUCAGAGCCAAAGUGUUAGCUUACAUUAAACAAAUUGCUCUCUUUUAAUUUUGCAAAUUAAAUUUUGAUUUAUUAUCAAAUAAUGUUAAAAUUAAUAUUUUAUGACAUUUAUUUGGACUCUUUAAUUACUUUUUCUCGUAAAACCACUAAUUAAAUUUUAAUUGAGUUCACAAAAAGUUUUAGAUAUCAGCUACUGCAGAGACACCAAACGAUCUGAGGCUAUUUAUCAUUUAAAUAAGGCUGACAUGGCGUAUCAUCGUAGCAUAAUAAAUACUAUGGUAAACGCUUAGCCUUAGACAAUACGACAGUGUUUGUGUCCGUGCUGGAAAAAGGACACCCGAAGAAGAUUAAACAUUAUUCUUUAUUACAUGCAAUAUGUUUGUAACAGGCCUGUGUUUGUCGAUGCUGAAAAACUGACACCUCAAGAAGAAUAAACAUUAUUCUUGAUUACAUGUAAUAUGUUUGUAACAAGACUUUUAGAAUAGUAUAAUAUUUCAAUUCAAUUUCAAUGUUUUUCAUUGUACUGUAUAGUAUAUAAUAUUUGUAAGCAAAUUAUUCAUUGGUUGUUUUGUAUUUAUUUGAUGUACUCCAACCUA